AUGAGUGAGCAGGAUAUUGAUAUAGAUUUUCUCAUAUCCUUGGUCCAAGAAAGACCCAUUAUAUGGGAUAAAUCACACGAACAUUACAGUGAUAAAUUUCGUAAAGCGAAUGAAUGGGUAGCUGUUUGUAAAAAAAUAUUUCAAGAUUACGAGGAGUUUGAGGAUCAAAAAAAGAACAAGAUUGGGGCAAAACAAUUGAAAAAAUAUCAUUAUUACAAUCGGUUGCUGUUUUUGAUGAAAGUUGCCCAAAAUAAAACUGACAGUAGCCUUGAAAUGGUGUCUGAAGAAACGGAACGAAAUGAAAACACAGCAUCAUCUUCUCCAUUUCCUACAAAAGAAAUGUCCUCGUUACCCCCAGGUCCUUCUCGCUACGUGCCUGCAAGCCGUAAGAGAUCAAACCAAGCAAUAGAUGAUUUCGAGGCGCAAGCAUUAGAAGCGUUGCAAGAGAAAGAAAACCGCCACUUAUCAUUUUUCAAAGGAAUUUUGCCUUCUUUGGACAGCUUUACGGAAUUACAAACUUUGACAUUCCAAAGCAAAGUUAUAAAUAUCAUUACCGAAAUUCGGUUCGGGGAACAGACUCAAUCAACAACAUGGCAGUCGCACGGAUAUCAAACUGGACAACAGUAUCAAGCAACACCAUUGCAGUCACGCGGAUAUCAAACUGGACAACAUGCCCAGUCACCAUCGCCAUCGUCGUAUCGAACAGAUGAAUUCGAAGCUACCUACUCAACCAACACUACGAUUAAUAAUUUUACUGAUGAUAGUCAAGAAGAAGAUUAUAACUUUGCUUUGUUGCCUAAUAGUAAUACUUAA